AGAAACGGUUUCGUCCUCAUUUUUUGGCCUUUCCAUCGAAACACAGACACAGCAAGCGCCAUGAAUCUUCCUCUUUAUCUCCUCUUUCCGUAGCCUUCAAAAACGAAAUCAUUCAAUUUCUAUACCUGCAAGGUCUAAAAUCACUCCAUCCUCUCAUUUUCUCCUCAGAUCCGUUCCAUUUGACCCCUCAAUUUCCACCCGAAUUUACGAUCUCAUCCAAACGGAAAACCACCUCUGCACUCCCCUACAGAACCAGCGCUCUCCUUUGGAAUAACCUCCUGUUUUGCGCUAAUUUACGAUUUACCCCAUUAUGGAACAUUAGAUUUUCCUCUCUCUCUCUUUCUCACUGUUUAAAUUUUCAAUUUCAACUCACAAAAGAAGUCUUUAGUCUUUAAUUCUUUGAACCAAAACGCCACCGGUUCAAAUCUCAUUGAUUCCUGUAAGUAUUUUAAUCUACCGUUGUAACCUUGAACCCUAGGCUUAAGAUCGUUCUUGUUUCUAGUUUUUUGUACAAAUUCGGGGUCUGAAUCGGUGAUUUAGUUGCUUAGUUAGCGUUAGGCUUCUUUUUUUUGUGAUGAACAACAACAAUAGAGGAAGGUACCCGCCAGGGAUUGGCGCCGGUAGAGGCGGAGGUAUGAGUGCGAACCCUAAUUUUCAAUCCAGGGUGCCGCAACAGCAGUACGUGCAGAGACAUUUUGGGCAGAAUCAUCACCAACAACAAUAUAAUCAACAUCAACAGAAUCACAAUCAGCAACAGCAACAGCAACAGCAUCAACAGCAGCAGCAGCAGCAGCAGCAGCAGCAGCAGCAGCAGCAGCAGCAGUGGUUGAGGAGGAGUCAGCUAGCUGCUGCCGAUUCGAGCGUUGACGAGGUCGAAAAGACUGUUCAGUCUGAGGCCGUUGACUCGAGUUCACAAGAUUGGAAGGCAAAGCUAAAGAUACCACCAGCUGACACGAGAUACCAAACCGAGGACGUGACAGCCACAAAAGGGAAUGAUUUUGAGGAUUAUUUUCUGAAGCGUGAGUUGCUUAUGGGAAUAUAUGAGAAGGGUUUUGAAAGACCAUCUCCUAUUCAGGAAGAGAGCAUACCAAUUGCUCUUACUGGCAGUGAUAUUCUAGCUAGAGCUAAAAAUGGGACAGGGAAAACAGCGGCAUUUUGCAUUCCUGCCUUGGAAAAGAUUGACCAAGAUAACAAUUUUAUUCAAGUUGUGAUUCUUGUGCCAACACGUGAGUUGGCUCUUCAGACAUCACAGGUUUGCAAGGAGCUUGGGAAGCAUUUGAAAAUUCAAGUGAUGGCCACCACUGGCGGUACUAGUUUAAAAGAUGACAUUAUGCGUUUAUAUCAACCAGUCCAUUUACUUGUUGGGACUCCAGGAAGAAUACUAGAUCUUGCAAAAAAGGGCGUGUGCAUUUUGAAAGAUUGUUCAAUGCUUGUUUUGGAUGAGGCUGAUAAGCUUUUGUCUCCAGAGUUUCAACCUUCAAUAGAGCAGCUUAUUCGUUUUCUUCCUUCAAAUCGUCAGAUUUUGAUGUUUUCAGCUACAUUUCCUGUUACUGUUAAGGACUUCAAAGAUAGAUAUCUAGAGAAGCCUUAUGUUAUCAAUCUUAUGGAUGAACUUACUCUCAAGGGUAUUACACAAUAUUAUGCUUUUGUUGAAGAACGACAGAAAGUCCAUUGCUUGAACACUCUUUUCUCUAAGCUGCAAAUAAACCAAUCAAUCAUCUUUUGCAACUCAGUGAAUCGGGUAGAAUUACUGGCCAAAAAGAUCACAGAACUUGGCUAUUCCUGUUUCUAUAUCCAUGCAAAGAUGUUGCAAGACCAUCGUAACAGAGUAUUUCAUGACUUCCGCAAUGGUGCAUGCAGGAAUCUUGUCUGCACCGAUCUUUUCACCAGGGGUAUAGACAUCCAAGCGGUGAAUGUUGUUAUAAACUUCGACUUUCCCAAGAACUCAGAAACAUACCUUCACAGGGUUGGACGAUCAGGAAGGUUCGGACACCUUGGUUUAGCUGUGAAUUUGAUCACAUAUGAGGACCGCUUUAACUUGUAUAGGAUUGAGCAGGAACUUGGAACUGAAAUUAAACAAAUUCCUCCACAUAUUGAUCAGGCAAUCUAUUGCCAAUAACCUGUGGUAGAUGCCUCUCAUUGCAGUCAACAAUGGUGUGUGGUGUCAGUGAUUAGCAACGGUGAGUGCCAUCACCAAUGUUUCAAGCUGUCCAUUCAAGGAUGAUAUAGCUCUGCAUCUGAGGGAAACUUCUAAGAACUAAAUAUUGUUGGUGGAAGACUUAAUGAUUGCUGUAUGCAUUUAAUCCUGGAAUGCUUUAGUUGGUUUCUGGAUGGAGUUUUAACGGAUUGUGAAAUCCCAGAUACAUAGAUGCUGGGUUGAGUUCUGUUGUUGCGUUUUGAUUUCCUUGACAGACUGGUUUCAUAUUCUCUGCUCUUAGUUUUCUUACUGUUGAAAUGAAGGCUGUAAUGCAUGGAGAUGGAUCAGCUCCUUCUCGCUUGCACCUCCUGUUCCAUGAAUAAAGUCAUUAACUUAGAAAA